GUAGAACGCUGGCCAGAGGAGCGACUAAACACAUGGAUACCAUCCGUCUGCCCAAAGAACAGUCGCAGCGGGAAACCUUUCGGCAAGACGGACAAAAGCAGAGGAGACUCCCGGGGAGCGGCCGUCGGAAGAAUCAGUCUCGUUCGAGGAAGCCUCAGCCGACGGCGAAAUACACGCCAGAGGAAACGACUGCAGUGGCACGUAAAUCGGAGGAGCUGGCCGCCGUUGCAUGUCCGUUUGUACAGCCGGUGGGUGCGGGAUGUACACCCGAACGUCCAGUUGGCGUGGGAUGCCAGUCCACAGAUCUGGUUGGUAUCGGUCUGCUGGAGGAGUUGCCGUGCAAGGAUUCCCUGGAGGAGCUACCUGCCGUGGACGUGCCGGAGGAGGUGCCUGUCGAGGACACGCCGGAGGAGCUGCCUGCCAAGGACACGUCAGAGAUGCUGCCUGCCAAGGACGGGCCAGAGGAGCUGCCUGCCAAGGACGCGCCGGAGGAUCUGCCUGCCAAGGACGUGCUGGAGAAGCUGUCUGUCGGGGAGAUACCGGAGGAGCUGCCUGCCGAGUAUGCGUCGGAGGAGCUGCCUGCCGAGCAUGCGUCGGAGGAGCUGCCUGCCAAGGAUACCCUGGAGGAGCUGCCGUCUGAGGAUACCCGAGGAGCUGCCUACCCAGGACGCGCUGGAGGAGAUGCCUGCCAAGGACGCGCUGGAGGAGCUGCCUGCCCAGGAUGCGCCAGAGGAGCUACCUGCCGAGGAGGGGUUGCCUGUCAAAGACGCGCCGGGGAAGCUGCCUACCCAGGAAGUGCCAAAGAAACUGCUGUGGAAAGACAUCCUGGAGGAGCUGCCGACCGAGGACGCGCAGGAGGAGGUACCUGCCGGGGACAUGCCGGACGAGCUGCCGACCGAGGACAUGCCGGAAGAGCUGCUGUCCGAGGAUAAGCCAGAGGAGCUGCCUGAGGUCCGAGGAUAAGACGGAGGAGCUGUCUACCAAGGGGACACCAGAGAAGCUGCCGGGAGUGGAGGGACCAUCGGAGGAGCAACGGUGCAGCAAGUCUGACAGAAGGCAGGAUCGUGAUCGCAGGAAGAGUGUGGGUGACGGAAGGGCUGGCCCUGGGGCCACAUCACCAUUGGAUGUAGGACCUCGGAGCCUCGGUGUAAACAUCUCGCAGUUGUGGUUCUGUGAAAAUAAUCUCCAAUUCUUGGAAGAUUUUUUUGAAGAAAGAAAGGAGAUAUAUCACAAAUGCGAGAUUACUCAGGAGCUUCGGCGAUGCGUACCUCACUCCGAGCAGCAGGCUUAGGUUCUUCACAAGUGGAUCGCACACCUCGUGGUGAACGAGUGUGUAGGGCCUUUACAUCGGCGCUACACAUAAAAGGAGCACCAGGCAAAAAUACAUCAGUUGUCCCGUAAUUUUGGUUUGUGUGCUCCCUUCUGCCAUGUGACCUCGUCUGUUCCGCUGGAUCCUCUCCCUGCUGUAUUGUAUAUAUCCUGUUUUGUUUUGUGUAUUGUAGUAGAGUGUGUGUGUGUGUGUGUGUGUUUUAUGUGUGUGUGUGUAUGUAUGUUUGUUUGUCUAUAUUCAUAAAUCAUAGAGCUAGAUCUUGAAUGACAGCUAAUAUACCGAACAGAUCAAUACCAUAAUAGUGGUAUAUUGAUCUAUGAACUGCCUGUGGGGUCACAUUUCCAAAACGACACUGAAAACACCUUUAUACUCUUUCCCUCCUUGUCCUCUCUGUAGAUCACUCGACCUAUCAACUUUUCAUGCAUUUGGUUUCUUUAAUAAUACAUUUUAACACGCAACACAGGAAUUGAUAGUUAUUAAAAAUAUUACGUUAAAUAUACACAGCCAUUUUUGUUUACAUUCUGUGCUUAAAAUCUGUAAUUGUUGUGAGUGCUGAUAAUAUAUUUAAUAUAUAUAAAACUGCUUCUGAAAUUGAUAAGAAGACAUCCCUGAACGUGAAAAUUAACCUACAUAAAAUCAGUUAUAUAUUGAAGGAAUUUAAAAAAAACAUGACAGGUAAAACAGCAAAAUAAAAACAAGUAACGAAAACGGAAUAUAAAAAAGAAACAUCAAAAUGGCUAUGGGAUCGCAUCUAGAAAAUAAAUGAAAAAGGCUUCAAAAUAAUCCAGCAAAAUAAAAAUAAAAAUCAGGAGAGGCUGCACCUGAUGCCGGAGCUAGCCACAUGUAUAUAUCUUAGUUGUAUAAAUAUACUUAUGCAUAUAUAUUCACAUAUACCUGUGCUGUUAUCAUUAUUUAAUUUACAUGUUUACACUUACCAUGGACUUUGUUCUGUUCCUAUGAUUCUAUUGUUUCCUUCUAAUCCUACCUCUUAUAUUCAUCAUAUUCUGGUGAGCAAUGUUAGCUCAUAACUUACAGUGACGAGAUGGAUGUCCCCACCAGUUACUCAGUCGCAGAAGUAACCCAAGGCAGCUUCAACAUUCCAAGUGACAUUCGAAAAGAGUGGAAUACUGUAUCUGAUGAGUUGAAUAGUGAACUGGAUGAUCGGAUAAUGGUGGUGUAGUGAAUCUUCAACCAUAAGGAGGAACCCGAGAAUUGGAGAGUUACCCCUUCUCUUAUAAGCAUGAGGCCGUCAGUGCCAGUAUACAGGUCCAGGAAGAUGGGGAGGAGCGAGAUGCUUUUUCUGAUCGGUUAUGCCAUUUUAUGUAUUUUUUUCGUUUGUUUAUAAUUAGCAUAUUAAAAUUUUAUUCACGU